UGUGAGACUGCUCUUGUCCUCUUGGUUCAGCCUUGAAUUUUGCGGUCAGGACGGCAUUUUGCGUCACUUGCGGAUUCUAGAUGAGUUCGAUGCUCCCAGACAUUGCCGAAGACUAUAAGGAACUACAGGUUAUAGUUGUACGCCGUUCAACAGGGAAGUGGAUUUCCCCCCUCCUGAGGCAGGGGAGGAAACUAUACAAUCCUAAAUUAUUAUUAUUAUGUUUCCAAUUAUUAUUUUUUGGGACGCUCAUCCCUCCUUCUAGACAGGGAAAGAACUUCCCCGCAAAAGGGAACCGGCAGCAUGAUUGCAUCAUAGCAAAAUUUUAAUCAGAUUCAUAUUAUGAAUUCCGUACUGCCUUGCCCAUCCAAACUCUCGGCUCCUUAUACAUUCCAGGCAAAAACAGAUGCUUCUAGAUUACACGGAGAGAAUGGAACCAUCCCUGUCAUUCUCUCGUCAGU